AUGUCACAAUUAAAGACGUUAUUCAAUAUCAUUAAGGUUACUGAAUUAGAUGGAAAACAAUUUAAUAUUCUUAUGUAUAAAACUGAUGAUGAUAGUCAAUACAUUAUUUCGUUUGUUAUUGAGGAUAAAAUUUAUCAGUGUACUUUACCCGAUGCAAGAAAAGUUAAACUUAAUGAAAAAUCUAGGGAUAUUAAUCCCUAUCCCCUUUUUAGGAUGUUCAUUCAAUGCACUUUUCAGUUAAUCGCAGACUAUAGACGAAAAAAUCGGUUCAAAAAUCCAGAUAUUUCCAAGCUCACUGGAAAGAUGUGGAAAGCUUGUAAAGAUUUCCAAAAAGAAUUCAAAAAAUUUACAAGUGAUGUUAAUCUUUUUCGUCCUAAACCCCAAUUUGGUUUUAGACCUUUUGUACCAAACCAAACACGAGGAGAACGUUCCAACAGAAGUUAUAGAAGAGAUGGAAAUGUGAUUUCUAUUGUUCCUUCUGUCAUUAGCAUUCAACGCGUGCAACAAGAAGCAGGCUCUUCUACAGAACUUGGAGAUUUUUAUUAUCAUGGUUCGGAGUGGACUAACAAGAAAAACAAGAUUGAUCGCAAAAAACAGGAUGACUGUGUAAAUCCACUGACUACACAAACUACAUCAAUUACUGAAAAUGAUCCUUCUAUUCCCUCUGAUGAUGGUACAUUCAAUCCACUAAUGUCCUUGACUCUUGGUCGUGAUGAAACGUGGCAGCAAGAAAUUGAUGAUUAUUUAAACUGGUUGUCUAUGGCAAAUCAAGGUGUCGAUUUAUUACAAUAUUCUAACGUUAAUAACUAUUAUGAUCCAAGUAUUCAAAAUAAUGCAAACUUUAACAUUCCGGGAAGCUUAAACACAAAUGGCUUUGGAACAAAUGGACAAGAUGGACAGAACUGA